CCUCUCUCCACCACGCUCCUCCGUCCGCCGUCACUCACGCCCUCGUCUUCGCCACUGUCCGCUGCUGCACUGCUGUAGCCUUGCCACAUCACUGGCGCGCCGCAGCAGCAGCGCUCUUUCGUCUCGCCAGCUCCAGCGCACCUGCUCUCUGGCACACGCGCCCUCCACCUCGCCCGUGUGCCUGCGCAGCUCUGUCCGCUGCUGCGUCACGCACUUCUCUGCUGCCGUCUCAUAGCGCAUCAUGGGCCUCAAGCACCCGCAGUUCCUCGCUGCGACACAGGUGUGGGGCUGCCACAAGUGUCGCACACACCUCGCCGUCGGCGAGUCGCUCGUCAGCACUAAGUUCAAUGGCCAGACGGGCCGCGCCUAUCUCUUCGACCAGGUCGUCAACAUCACCUGCGGCGACCCCGAGGACCGGCACAUGACCACGGGCAUGCACACGGUGCGCGACAUCUGCUGCGAGCGCUGCGGCUGCACGCUGGGGUGGAAGUAUGACAAGGCCUUCGUCACGUCCGAGAAGUACAAGGAGGGCAAGUUCAUCCUCGAGAAGAACCUCAUCACGCACGCUUCAUAGACGGCCGGCCGCAUUCUCGGCGCCGGCCUCACUCGCAUCACUAGCCUCGACGAACCAGACCAGUGCUCGAUCAACUUCGCUCUCUCGCGUGACCUACACACCACCACUCUCGCCGCACGCAUCAGCCAGUCAACGCUCCAUCUUCCCUGCGAGGCCGCACUACCGCGGCCGUUUGUACAUCUCGAGCCUCUCUCGCGCCCAGCGUCGUCUUCGCGCACUCGACGCUCGCUCCGUCGCGACUGGACCACCACUCCAAUAUGCCUAGCCCGGGCGCACGCAGUCGCUACACGACGAAACCAAGCCGGAUACGCCUUGCCGCUGCGAGGACGCCAAGCUUCAGCAGCAGCAAGGUCUGGCCGUCGGCGAUCUGCGCAAGAACGUGGCGCCUAUCCGCCUGCGAUCGCACCAGUCGCGCGCGGCCUGCUGCGGCCGUCCGGCGCAGCGGCACAGGCGCACCCUCUCAGCUGACGCACACAUCCAGCACACACACAAGCGCAAUG